GAAGCAACACUGCAAAGAGUUAACACCUCUUUCAUGAUGGCUACCUGGACUGUUUUGGAUAGCUUGCUUGUCCCUCUUACAUAAGUUGCUUUAAAUGCGUUUGUCCCAAGCUGUUUGGGGAAGCACCUUUGACCAGAGGUGUUUUUGUGACCAAAGUGAUUUUGGGUUCAAAGCUCAAGCUGCCACACAUGGGAGGGAAUAAAAGACAGCAGGGGCUGUGAAAGGGUGCGUUGCAGCUGCAGCGUAGACCAAAGAUAGUUUGUUGCUCAACUGGAGAUAGAAUGGAAGCCAGCAUGGAUAUUCUACAUCACACAGGCAUCCAAGCCACACACUUCCUGCAAACAAGCUACCCAGGAUCACAGGACUGGUUUCUCUUUGUCUCUUUUGCUGCUGACCUUCGAAACACUUUCUUUGUCCUGUUUCCUAUUUGGUUCCAUCUCUGCGAAGCGGUGGGGAUCAAGCUCAUCUGGGUGGCUGUGAUUGGUGAUUGGCUAAACCUCGUAUUUAAAUGGAUCCUCUUUGGACAAAGACCCUAUUGGUGGGUACAUGAGACCAGUUUCUAUCAGAAUACCUCUGCCCCUGAAAUCCAGCAGUUCCCAGUUACUUGUGAAACCGGCCCGGGGAGUCCUUCUGGCCAUGCAAUGGGUUCAGCUGGUGUGUACUAUGUGAUGGUUACAGCCAUUCUCUCCAUCACCCGGGGGAAGAAAUGUCCAUCAUGGAAACAUCGCUUUUUGCAGGCCGUGCUUUGGACUGCUUUUUGGACCAUCCAAGUCUGUGUCUGCCUCUCUCGUGUCUUCCUGGCAGCUCAUUUUCCACACCAAGUCAUUGCCGGUGUCUUCUCAGGUAUGUUGGUGGCUGAGUCUUUCCAGUACAUCAGUUCCAUCUACGAUCCCAGUCUACGGAAGUAUGUAGCUACCACCCUUUUCCUCUUCUCUUUUGCUCUGGGCUUCUACCUACUGCUCAAGGUGCUCGGUGUGGAUCUCCUAUGGACUUUGGAGAAGGCCAAGACAUGGUGUGAGCAUCCAGAAUGGGUCCAUCUGGACACCACCCCCUUUGCCGGCCUCUUGCGCAACCUGGGCAUCCUCUUUGGACUGGGGCUGGCCCUUAAUUCCCCCAUGUACGUGGAGAGCUGCAAAAGCAAGCAAGGGCAGCAGCUAAACUUUCGACUGGGCAGCAUCGGUGCCUCGCUCGUUAUCCUGCACCUGUUUGACUCCUUCAAGCCUCCAGCCAAGGUGGAGCUGCUCUUCUACCUGUUUUCCUUUUGCAAAAGUGCUGCUGUGCCCCUGGCGGUGGCUGCCCUAAUCCCCUACUGUGUCACCCAACUGCUCAGGCCACAGGAUAAGAAAACAUUGUAGUUUGAAGAACAGCAGUUUAUAUGAGUGAACUGUUAUGAUGCAAGGUAAUAGGGGCCAAAGCCCAGUAUUUGGGGGGAGUCUUUUGUCGAGGUACUCUGGGCUGGUUGUGCCCCAUGAGCCCACAUUUGGAUUAUGGGCCCUGCUGGCUUCAGGGUAAGGUUUACCUAUCUGCCCCCAACAUCUCAACCAGGAUCCCUAUUAUUACUGUCCAUCUAGCACUUGCCAGUACAGGCUGAUUCUGCUUGUCCAAAGCAUUUCUCUACGGAGGCAAAGAGGCAUUCAUAUUCGCCGCCAAGAAGAUCGGUUGCACUUGGUCCUGCCAUCUGGGAUGAUAACAUUCUCUGGGGACAUGUUUUGUGACAGCAUUGUCAAUGGCAAAGCUGACUAGGCAAGGCACUAUCACUCCGCCCAGUUGCCAGCACUGUUCACAUCUCAGGAGAACAUCACCCCAGGGCAACUGGGUAUUGGGGCGUGAGGUCAAAUAAUCAACCUGUUGCAGUGGUUUGCUAUCACUAAAGAAUGUAUGGUAUAUUUUCUGAUGGCAAAGAAGCAGGGUUGAUGGGUUCAGCCCUCAUCUACUGCACCAAUCUUCUCCAGUUUGGUGACCUUUGUACAUAUUGCAGUGUUUCUCAACUUUGGCAACUUUAAGAUGUGUGGACUUCAACUCCCAGAAUUGAAGUCCACACAUCUUAAAGUUGCCAAGACUGAGAAACACUGAUAUAUUGGAUUGCAGCUCCCCUUACUCCAUCAGUGGAUCUAUUAGGGCAACAGGUUAGGGAAGGCUGUAGUGUAGCUAGGUUUUGUUUUUGGUAAAUGUCUGCAAGGCAUAUGUCUAAAGUUGUUAUCUAGAUUCUUUUGUUAUUAAUAAAGCAUGGCAUCUGUUUUGUUACCAAAUUUGUUGGAUUAUAUUGGAGAAAUGUGUUAAAUUAAAAUAUCAACUAUACUUAAUUUGUUUUACAGUUCAACCCCAUUCCUCCACCCUUCCCUUUUUCUAAGGGCUGAUGAAACGCAGGUUUCAAACUCCCACAGUACCAGAGCUC